AUGAAGCAGCUAAAAGUUAUUGUUACAGGAAAUGUUGCUCAUCAACAGACAGUUAAAGAUGGCAGCAAAUUUGAGUUUUCAAAACAACCAUUGCCUCAGCAGCAGCAACAGAUUCCUGAUCUGGCAUUGUCUUCCGAAACUUCAAGUAGUAUCUGUGCACGAAAGGAGAAAUCCAUAACACCGCUGUCGUCUGAUAACGAACCAGCUCCCAUGGAUUUAUCAAAAAAGAGCGAAACUGAAACUGGUGACAGGAAAAAUAUUUUUGAAGAUAAAUCCAGUUUACUGUUUGAGCCAUCAGAAAUUUUACAACGGCAUCAACAACAGUUGAUUGAGCUGUAUAACCAAAUGGCGGCUUCGCAGGGAUUCAAGACGGAUUCGGAACAAAGCAGCGACGAUGGACGGGCCAAUUCGUCGUAUCUGCUGUCACCGCCAUCGAGCAAUGGUUCUAUGGAUAAGGUAUAUCCAUGUGCCGCCGAUAGUUGCAUACAGGCUUUUUCGUCGCGUGGCACGUUAUUUUUACAUGUUUUAAAAAGGCAUCCUCAUGAAAAGCUUCUGAAAUGCAAAACAUGCGAAGAGAAGUUUUCCGACGUUGAUCAGAUUCGUGGCCAUCAGUGUGGUGUCUUACCGAGGCCUUCUUCAACUGGAGCCCUUUUGCGAAGUCAGUCUCCAGAUGCUGAUCGAGCUUCUGUUCCAGCAAGUAUACCUCCUUUUACUGUGCUCAGCAAAAGUCCGAGUCCGUCGCUGAGCGCUGUAAACACAGCGCUGUCGUCGGAAAGCAGCUUGUUUCCUCGGAUGCUCUUUUCUCAACUGCUUAAUGCCGCAUCAAUUCCAACAUCGCCAUCUUUACCCUCUAAGAAUGCUGCGUUAGAUUUAUCUUCAGCGGCAGCUGCAGCAGCAAAACCGCAGUUUUUACCAUUACCACCAAUAGCGGCAAAUCCAUUGUUUCGUGGAUCAUUCAAUUUUGGUUUAUGUGGUCAACAGAAUCCACCUCGUGCGCCGUUCUUAGGUCAUGCCUCAACUGCCGCAUCCGUCCUGAAUAACGACGAUGACUGGGAAGCAUUAAUGGAAGUAACAACUACUGAUGAAGCUGAGAAAAUAAGGGCCUUAGUUGGGGAUAAAGUAAUGCCUACCACUGAUCCCAACCAGUGUAUCCUCUGCCGUAGGGUGCUUUCUUGUAAAAGCGCUCUUCAAAUGCAUUAUAGGACACACACAGGUGAAAGACCGUUCAAAUGCAAAAUCUGUCAACGUGCGUUCACCACUAAGGGCAAUUUGAAAACUCAUAUGGGAGUGCAUCGGGCAAAGCAUUCGUUUCGAGGUAUUACAGCAUCAAGCGUGCAGCAGCAGUGCCCCAUAUGUCCUAAACGUUUCUUCACAACACACCUGUUACAGAACCACGUAGCGCAGCAUACUUCCGAAUUGAGCAGAAAUAAUUUUUUGGCGCCUUUUGACAAUUCGCUUAAUGCAUUUGAGAGACGUCCAGAACAAGGGAGCCUCGCAAAUAUUGGUGAUUUACCAAAUAAGAACUCGCUAGCCUCUGUUGGAGGGCAGUGUCGUGGUGCACCACCUUUAAUCUCAGGAUUUGCCCCUCCAUUUCCGUUUUUUCCGCUGAAUCUUCCUCAAGGCUUGGGAGGUCCAAUGACCUCAAAUAUUACAAGUUCGCCACAUUCACCUCAGCGAGUUUCAGCACCCACAACCGCACCAAACAAAACUGAAGGGACGCUUUCAAACGGCUUACCGCUUGUCUCAAGCUUCAGUACUAUCAAAAGUGAAGGUGACCUUAUAGCUCAACUUCAAGGUUUUGAGAAAAAAUUGGACAACUCAAGCGAGCAGCAUUCUCAGAUGCCACUAAAUUUACGUUGCAUUCUGAAUUCAGUUACCGAAAGCCGUGUAAAAAACAAUGAAAAAUCAAAUCCAACAAUUGGAGGCAUUUCUUUUAGCAACAUGAGCCCAGUUUCGGAUGCUUCUAAGCAUACAGCGGGAAAAUCAUCCGAUACUUUUUCCAAGUUAAAUACAAAUAGCAUUUGCGCAAAAAGUAGCGUUGAACAAGGUGAAAAUAAUGAGGAUGAGAAAACAGAGGAAAGUUUGAUGUUCCACGGACCAUGUUCGUCAAAUAUCGAUGAGGACUCGUGUGAUGAAGCAAUAUCUUCCGAGGAAAAUGAAAGGGCUGAAGACGAAGAAAAGCAUUCAGAAGCAGUUGAGGAAGAUAAGGCUAGCUCGAAUGAAAGUUCCGGAGUGGCGGAGAAAAAACGAUGUGCAGAAAGUAUAUCUGACCCAUUAGUUGCUAUGCAAAAGAUGUGGGCUGAGACGGAACCUCCACCACCACGACAAGCACCAGUACUUUCAAAGCACCAGUGUGGUGUCUGCUUUAAACAUUUUAGCAGCAGUUCUGCACUUCAGAUUCAUAUGAGAACUCAUACAGGUGACAAGCCAUUUAAGUGUGAAGUCUGUAGUCGUGCAUUUACCACACGUGGUAAUUUAAAAGUUCAUAUGGGAACACACAUGUGGCAACAAAAUCCUUCUCGUCGUGGGCGUCGGAUUUUUGAUCCGCUCACUUCAGAGAAUAGUUCAUCGUCUGAACUGCUGUCACCGCUGGCACUAAAUCUUGAAACUAAUGCUCAUCAUACAAUAGAGAAUCCGUUGCAAGCUUCUUUUCCAGAAGGCCUUCACGGCGCAUCCAGCUCGUUUCCGACAUUUCCAUUUCCUUUUCCAUUGAUUCCAACAAGUACAGCAGUACCGACGACAACAUCUAUAGAUGCUCUGUCAUGGAUGUGGAGAACCGUGUGCCCAGGAGUUCUGGAGUCACAUGAAGGUAGGGUAACUGUUGUGUAG